UAUGGAAAUUGCAUCAUUACUGACUCGCCAGUUUGCCAGUGUCUGAAAGGAUUCAAUCCUAAAUCGCCUGACAACUGGAAUUCUGGGAAUUGGUCUCAAGGCUGUGUCCGCAAUAAGUCGUUAAAUUGCCAGGAUGGAGAUGGAUUUAUCAAAUUCACAGAAUUAAAAUUGCCUGAUACUAAAUAUUCUUGGGUAAAUAAGAAUAUGAGCCUGAAGGAAUGUAGGGGAAAAUGCUUAAACAACUGUAACUGCACUGCUUACUCAGUCUUUGAUAUUGGAAAUGGAGGCAGUGGCUGUGCUCUUUAGUUUAACAAUUUGAUCGACAUUAGACAAAUUCCUUCUGGUGGACAGGAUCUCUAUAUUCGGAUGUCUGCUUCUGAAUUAGCUCGCCUUGAGAAUGAGAAAGAUGAACCUGACGAGAAGAUAGUGGCGAUUGUCAUCCCUGUCAUCGUUUUAGCUUUUGCAUUUUUAGGAGUCUGCUAUUACUUUUGCCAGAGAAGAUUAAAAAAGCUGAAAGAUGAAAAUGAAAUUGAUGGAAGCGAUCAGAGCUCAGAGGAAGAUUUGGACCUCCCAUUGUUUGACUUUGUCACAAUAUCACAUGCAACCAACAAAUUUUCACUCAGCAAUAGGCUAGGACGAGGUGGUUUUGGACCUGUGUACAAGGGAAUACUAGCAGAUGGACAUGAGAUUGCUGUUAAGAGGCUACAAAGUAAUUCAGGACAAGGAUUAAAAGAGUUCAAAAAUGAAGUCAAAUUAAUUGCAAGACUUCAGCACCGAAAUCUAGUAAAACUUCUCGGUAGCUGCAUCCAAGGAAAUGAGAGAAUGUUAAUUUAUGAAUACAUGCCCAACAAAAGCCUGGACUUCUUCAUUUUUGAUCGAACUAGAGGAAAACUAUUAGACUGGUCAAAUCGUUUCAACAUUGUGUGUGGAAUAGCAAGAGGACUCCUUUACCUUCAUCAAGAUUCAAGACUAAGGAUCAUACAUAGAGAUCUCAAAGCAAGUAAUGUAUUGCUUGAUGCUGAUAUGAACCCAAAAAUUUCAGAUUUUGGCAUGGCUAAAACUUUCAGAGAAGACCAGACUGAAGGAAACACAAAAAGGGUGGUAGGAACAUAUGGUUAUAUGGCACUGGAGUAUGCGACUGACGGGCUAUUCUCAGUGAAAUCAGAUGUAUUUAGCUUUGGAAUUCUAAUUCUAGAGAUAAUAAGUGGGCAAAAAAGUCGCGGAUUUUAUCAUCCAAACCAUAGUCUUAACCUUAUUGGAUAUGCAUGGAGAUUGUGGAAAGAAGGAAGUCCCUUGGAGUUGGCUGCUCCAAUUAUCUUGGACUCGUGCCAUGUAUCAGAAGUGAUUCGUUGCAUACAUAUAAGCCUCUUAUGCGUGCAACUGCAUGCUGAGGACAGGCCAAGUAUGGCAUCUGUGGUUUUAAUGCUAGGCAGUGAAACUGCACUACUGCCUCAGCCUAAAGAACCUGGUUUUUUCAAGGACAAAGAUUCAACUGAAGCAGAAUCUUCAUCAAGCAAUCAAGUUUCUUUGUCAACAAAUGAAAUUAGUCUCUCACUGUUGGAGGCUCGAUAGAAUGAAGGGUCAUUUAAAAUUGGGUUGUACUAACUUUCCUGCAGUAUUGACCUACAGCAGUUGAGUUUUCCUCUGAACCUGAAGAUCUGAAUUUCUGGAAAUCAACUAAAAUUUAAUUUUUUGUAUUUUGCUUUAGUUAGUAAAAGGUUAGUAGAACAGGAACUUGAUUGCAGUAAAAAAAUCAGCAGCUACUUUUGUGGUUUUCUUUUAUAUUAGGAAGCCGUUUAUUAAAAAUUUGUACUGAUAAAAAUAUCUUUCUAUAUUGAAAAGGAUUAAAGAAGCCAACAAAGGUGGAACUAAUUAAAGAAAGAAAAAUAAAAAUAGAGAAGAGGAGCCCAU